AUGGAACUCUUAGCCGUGGACAGAUGUUUUACUCCGCCAGGUUUUGGUACUAGGUCGAGAUUGGAGCUACACCACUUCAGUGAUGGCUCGCUGGUUGGCCACGGAGCAGUCUCAUAUCUGAGGAUGGUCAAUGGAGAUAGCGAUAUCCAUUGUACGUUUGUCAAGGCGAAGGCAAAGCUGAAUCCCAUGAAGGCUAUGACAAUACCAAGGGUUGAACUCACGGCAGCCGUGGUGGCUGUCAAGUUGGAUAAGAUGCUGCGUAGAGAAUUGGACAUAGGUAUUGCAGAGUCGUAUUUCUGGACCGACAGCAUGCUGGUCCUGAGGAACAUACAGAGCACAGAUCGUCGCUUUCACACCUUUGUUGCAAAUCGGGUGGCUGCUAUCCAGUCUGAGACAAUGCCUAGCCAGUGGCGCUACGUGAACACGAGUGACAAUCCGGCUGAUGAUACAUCGAGGGGCCUUUCUGCUGGUGAAUUGGUAGGAUCUCAAUGA